AUGUCAGGCGAAACGUCGGCUCUCAGCCAACGACGCGCCAGCGUUCACUUCUCACUCGGGAGGCCCGCAUUCAAUCCCCGUCCUGACCGGGGAUUUUCGUGGUUUCCCUCGGUCACCCAGGCGAAUGCUGGGAUAGUUGUACUAAAAGAUCUCCCGAAUUCGUUAACCCACGAUGAAGAGGGACAUCACGGAUUCCUGGAUGGACCGUUUGGACGCACCGACCUGAGAAGCAAGGGGCCUGGACGUGGGCGUGGCGUGGCGUGGCGGAACGGGGCGGGGCGGCGCGCAGAGCAUCCUCACUCAGGAGGACUGGAACGUGGUGCUGUUCAACGGCAUGGAGAAGACCUCGCACUGGGCGGCGCUGUACUUCGUGGCGCUGAUGACCUUCGGCAACUACGUGCUCUUCAACUUGCUGGUCGCCAUCUUGGUAAUGGCCGCGCGAACCGAGCUGAAAUCGGUGCGCGUUUGAUCGGUUCGCGACUGAUCGGUGAUCGGAGCCGAGCUCAUCAGCAACGAGCUGAUCGCGAGCUGAUCUGUGAUCGGCGAGCCGAACUGAUCGCUGAUCGCGAGCUGAAUCGCGGUCCGAUCGGCGAGCGAGCUGAUCGGCGACGAGCUGAUGCGGCGAGCGAGCUGAUCGGCGACGAGCCUGUCGGCGACACUGAGCACAGUGAUGGCGGCGACGGCAUGUGCAGCGCAACGAGCGGGCGGAGCGGGAGCAGCGGGAGCUGGCGCGCGCGCAGGCAAGGCGCGGCGCGGGCGGCGGCCGCUCUGCAGCUCGGCUCGCGCUCCGCCCCUCCUCGUCGUCGGACAGCGCUCUUGCGCGCUGCAUCACGGUGCGUACCCCCCCUGCGCCACCCCCCACCCCACCCCGGUCCUCACACCCAACCGCACCGCCUCUCGCAUUCGCAGCCCGCCAGUGUUCAAAUUGCGCCGGCGGUUCAAAAUGCGGCGGCGGUGGUGUAA